AUGUCUGACGACAAGCAACUCAUCGAAGUCUUAAGCCUUAAAAAGACCUUACGACCGGCAUCAAAGAUCGAUACCAAUUAUGUUAAAGAUGGAAAGUUGGUGUACGAGAUGUUCACUAGGAACAUCAAGUCUAGGGAUAUCAGUCCACGAUUAGCUGGCCAAGUAGAGGCUAUCAUUGAAGUCUCGAAUGAUAUCUUGAAGAAGCCAAAUCGGCUCUUUAGGGGAACAUUGAGAAGAAGAAAGCUCUACAAGCAAUUGGAGCUGCUUGAAGGCGGGUUGCAGAAGCUCGUAGAUGGAAUCAAAGUAGCUGAUGAAGGGGCGAAGGAGGUGAAAAGACUACACGCUGUCAACAGCGAAGAAAAAGAAACACAUGAAAUGGAAAAUGAAGAGAAAGAAAGAAAGAUUACGGAGAUUGAAAGGGAGGUGAAAAGACUACACGCUGUCAAUAACGAAGAAAAAGAAACACAUCAAGUGAAAAAUGAAGAGAAAGAAAGAAAGAUCACGGAGCCUGAAAGGGAGCUAAGAAGGAUGGAGGGUGUCCAGGCAGAGGCAAUUCGAAAGAUUACGGAGACUGAAAUGGAGCUAAGAAGGAUGGAGGGUGUCCAGGCAGAGGCAAUUCGAAAGAUUACGGAGACUGAAAGAGAGCUAAGAAGGAUGGAGGGUGUCCAGGCAGAGGCAAUUCGAAAGCAAGCCAUGCAGAGAAUACUGCUGAACUACGGUGACUAUGUUGCGGAUAGAUGCAUAAGUUACAACCAAUCUCCGCAAUGGGACCGACAAUAUUCAGCAAAGUAUUGGUCAGAAAUCCAUGAAAUCAUCGAGAAGGAGGAGGAGAUUAAGGAGAAAGCAAGAUCAUUUUUGCAAAAACCACCAUUAACACCAAUGCUGGGCCAUCUCGCAAUGGUUGCCUUAGAACUAAAGGUACCGGUAGCCGAUAUCAUAUGGGAUAUAGCAGCAUAUACCGAGAGAAAUGAGCUUUGUCACACGGACAUAGCGAUCAUGGUGAAGCAAGAAAAUUGGAUUAGACUUGCUCGACGGACCCAAAUCGAUUAUGAAAAUGUUGAUGCCCUCUUACCGGAAGAAUACAAAGACUGGGGACCACCCCUAAAAUCUGCAAUUAAGCGGUUUCAAGACAAGUACUUCUCCGAAUUAAAGAUCGUGAGAACGCUACACAUCACUGGAGGUUUCGAGAUUCGAGGCUAUACAUUGAACACGAAGGCUAAUGAUGCUAGAAGAGCACAGGAGGAGGCGGCUUCCGAAGUGGCCUUGAUUAGAAAGAAAAAGGCAGAUGAGCAGAGGCAAUUAAGAAUAGAAAAAAAGCAAGCUAGAAAGGAAUUGCGAGCGUCUAGGGAUUCGGAGAGAGUAAGCAGCACUUGUACUGUAUUACGACAUAAAGACUCGGCUCUAGAAAUGGAUGAGACAUUUUGGGGCUCAGACGAGAGUCUCUCUCGUGAUCUCUUUUAA